AUGCUCGUCUCCCUCACAGUCGGAAAGGUCGACGCCGGAGUAGCAGUGCUACUGACCGAAGACAAGCGUCUUAUCGAGUUCCCCUCCAUAUUGCUACCCCCGGACAUCUCGUCUGGCUCUAUGGUGGACAUCGACGUGGGAAGGAACUACAAAGCCGAAGCCGACGCACAGAAAGCCUUCCACGAGCUCCAGUCUGAGAUCUUCCGUACCUUUGGCCAGCGCACCCCCUCAGCCCCCGUCCUCAAGUGUCGCAAUGCCACCCAGACUUCCGUCGUCCUCGAGUGGGAUCCCAUCGACAUUGCGACGGCCGAACUGCGCAGCCUCACUCUAUACCGUAAUGGCAACAAGGCCGGCACAAUACCCAAGCCGAGCGACGUACACAGCACCAAGCUCAGUGGCCUGGCAGUCGACACCGAGUACCAGUUUCACCUGGUUCUGAAGACUAGUGCGGGCACCUUCAGCAGUGAGAAGCUGUUGGUCCAGACACACAAGAUGACAGACUUGUCUGGUAUCACCAUCACCCCUGGCCACAUGCCCGCCGCUCUCCGCGAGUCGCUGCAGCGUUCCGUUGAACGAAUCGGCGCUAAAAUUGCGGAUAACGUGCGCAUCGACACCACGCACUUUGUAUGCACUGAGGGCAGGGGACCGGCAUGGGAAAAGGCAGUCGAGAACAACAUCCCAGUAGUCGUGCCAGACUGGGUCAUAGGCUGCGAGCGGGAAGGCAGAAUUGUUGGUGUGAGGGGCUACUACCUGAACGCAGACCCCAGGUUACGAAGUGUCGGUCCGGGAGGCUCUCAGCAAGCACCUCAACAAUCAUCACAGCAUCAGCAACCUAGAAGCCCUGUUAUGAGCCCGCGCACAGAGGUGACACCACCCACACCCGAGCAACCAAGGCGCGAUCGCGAUACAGACGGAGCAGCACCGCCUCCUCCACCACCAAAAGACAACGUCAGUGAAAAGAGCGAGCGGAACUCGAUCGAGCCCAAGACGCAAACCGAAGAACAAAAAGCCCGAACCGAAGAUCUCAAACCACAAUCGGACCAGGAGAAACAGCAAGACAGCGAAGAGGAAGAUUCCGAGCCUGAACCGAGCGAUGAGAAGUCUAUAGAAGCAAGUUUACCGCAACGGCCAAAGCCUGGGCAGCCAUCGGCCGAAGACGACGGUGACGGAGCAAGCUUUCAGGACAUCAUAACACUGCAAAUCCCACUUUUGAACCUAGUCAACGUUCUUACCCUUGCCGUUGGAUCCAGGCGUCAAUUGCUCCGCGUGAGCAUUAGUCUACCACUUAUUGUUUUACUCGUCACGCAAUCUCUGUAUCGAGAAUGGCAUGCAGGCUGGGGAAAUCACUAUGCUAUCAACUGCGCGGUAUGGUGUUGCGUUUUCAAUUAUGUUGACUGGGUUUUACUGGGUAGUCCCGAAAAAGAAGGGUGGUACAAGAUUCAGUACGGCAAGGAUGGAAAGAAUGGAGAUGAAAACAAACACAAGGACAAUGACAAGGUGUCAAAAAAGAGUUACGAAGAUAAGCCAGGUGGUGCAGGAAGGACAUUCCCGAGUAGAAUGUGGUGGGCGCUUCGUCUCACGACAACGCCUCGCUACACAGGUUGGAGUAACCAAGUCAAGAACGUGUACAUGGAAGUACCGGCCGACUACCCCCGUCUCACCUUUGUCGCUCGCAAAACCCUGCGAGCCCUCAUCUUCUACCUCAUGAAAGACGUGAUAGUCUCCUACUCCGCCGGCUCUCCUUAUGGGUCCUGGGUCGACAUCCGCACUAUUAAGCCUUUCCAACCCUUCCCACCGUCCUCACCGUUUCUCUCCCGUUUCUGGUAUACCUGGAUUCAUAUACUCCUCACAAUGACAUCAAUGGAAAUGGCAAACUCGGCUGUCGGUGUUGUGAGCGUAGCUACGCAUCUCGCCAACCCACGGGACUGCCCUUCUCUCUUCGGCAAACUUGAAGACCUGUAUAGUGUGCGUAGUGCAUGGUCGAGGGUAUGGCAUCAGCAGUGUCGGCGCAUCUGCUCCAGUCCUGGUACCUGGCUUACCAGGGAUGUGUUGGGUUUGUGCAAGGGCUCUUUCGCGUCCAAAUAUGUCCAGCUUUUUGUCGCGUUUGGCGUAUCUGGAUGGGCUCAUGGAGCGGCGAGUAUGUUGGUGAAUCGUGAGUUUGACGAUGACGGCGCGCUCAAGUGCUUUCUCGGACAGGCAGCGAUCAUCAUGCUGGAAGAUCACAUCAUUGACUUUGGAAAGCGGAUGGGGUUCAGGGAUAGUAUCUUCUGGCGUGUGCUGGGGUUUUUGUGGAUGAUGAGCGCGAUAGGGUGGGGUAUGGAGGAGUGGUUUGUUAAGACUAUUGCGAGGGGUAUGUGGGUGCAUGACAGAGAGAGAGACUUCUUUGGUAUAGGGCCUGGGGUUGUUGCAUAG